GCGGCGGCGUGCUAGCGGCGGCGGGGGCGAGGCGGCGCGGGGCGCUCAGAAGUCACCGAGCCCUGGAGCCGCGGCGGCGACGCAUCAUGUGUCAGGCGGCAUCGGAGCGGCUGAAGGAUGCCCCCGGGAGCUCUCGGUAGGCCCGGGAGGCCUCCAGCGUUCGUCGGGAGGGACCGCAACGCGGCAAGGAUCGGUCUCGAAAACGCCUUUGAGGAAACCUGGUUCCAGCUGCCGAACGGCUGAGGGACGCCAGCGGGGGAGCAGAAACCAGCCCCGCGGGGGCCAUGACCAGCCAGUAAUGGAAAGUCACGAAAGAGACUCGUCCGUCUUCUGGUGUGUUUGACGUCUGGGAUCCCAGAGGAUGACCUAGCACUUAAGCAUUAAAACUGGGCCAAAUUGAAGGCCAAGAGUUGACCUGAUUGAGCCCAAGUAGUGGGACCGGGUCAAAAGGUAAAAUCAAUAAAUCCUGAACUGAAAAAUUCAGACAUUGAAAAAAAAUAAAUAAAUAAAACAGCAAGAAAGAUCGCGUUGUUGGGGCCAGACUCUGGAUCUUAUCAGACCCUAUCGAGCUACGAGCAGCUGGUGGUUCUUUUUUUGUUUGUUGGUUGUUUUUUGUUUUUGUUGUUGGGUUGUUUUGUUUUGUUGUUUUUUUUUUAAAUUAAUGUUCGUACAAUCUUAUGGAUAAUUUUUUUCAAGGAGUCAAAGGGAGUGUCGGGAGCUAAAAAGAACUGGAUUAAAAUCUUAAGGGCUGAGGCAAGUGGGUUACAGAACUGAAUCCAGGAUGGAUAUGCAAGAGCCCCAACAGCUGAGUAUGUUUGCAGACAGUGAGCUGAUGUCUGUGGGGAUGGACGCUUUUAUCCAUCGCAUCGAUUCCACUGAGGUCAUUUACCAGCCACGGCGCAAAAGGGCCAAGCUUAUUGGCAAAUACCUGAUGGGGGACUUACUCGGAGAAGGGUCUUACGGCAAAGUCAAGGAGAUGUUGGACUCUGAAACCCUCUGUAGAAGGGCUGUCAAAAUCCUGAAGAAGAAGAAGCUACGCAGGAUCCCUAAUGGGGAGGCAAAUGUUAAAAAGGAAAUUCAGCUCCUGCGACAAUUACGACACAAAAAUGUCAUCCAGUUGGUAGAUGUGUUAUAUAAUGAAGAGAAGCAGAAAAUGUAUAUGGUGAUGGAGUAUUGCGUGUGUGGGAUGCAGGAGAUGCUGGACAGUGUCCCAGAAAAAAGGUUUCCAGUCUUUCAGGCUCACGGGUACUUUUGCCAGCUCAUAGAUGGCUUAGAAUACUUGCACAGCCAAGGGAUUGUUCACAAGGAUAUAAAACCAGGAAACCUCCUUCUAACAACCAAUGGGACACUAAAAAUAUCUGAUUUAGGAGUAGCAGAGGCACUGCAUCCAUUCGCAGAGGAUGAUACAUGCAGAACGAGCCAAGGGUCGCCAGCAUUCCAGCCGCCAGAAAUUGCCAAUGGCCUGGAUACCUUUUCAGGCUUUAAAGUGGACAUCUGGUCAGCAGGGGUCACGCUAUACAACAUUACAACGGGUUUAUACCCCUUUGAGGGGGAUAAUAUCUAUAAGUUAUUUGAAAACAUCGGGAAAGGGGACUAUACAAUUCCAGAGGAUUGUGGUCCUCCACUGUCAGACCUACUUAGAGGGAUGCUUGAAUAUGACCCAGCCAAGAGAUUUUCAAUACAGCAGAUAAGGCAGCACAAUUGGUUUCGUAAGAAACACGCUCAGGCAGAGGCUCUGGUCCCCAUCCCUCCCAGCCCAGAGACAAAGGACAGGUGGAGGAGUAUGACGGUGGUGCCUUAUCUGGAAGAUCUGCAUGGCUACAAUGAGGAAGAAGAUGAUGACUUGUACGACAUUGAAGAUGAUAUCAUCUACACUCAGGACUUCACUGUACCAGGACAGGUGCCUGACGAGGAGGCCGGGCAGAACGGGCAGAGUCGCAGCAAGGGGCUGCCCAAGCCAGUGUGUAUGAAUGGGACAGAGCCAGGACAGCUGAGCACCAAAUCGAAGGCAGAGCGGCGGGCCAGCGCCUCCUCCAACCCUUCCCGCAAGGCCUGCUCCGCCAGCAGCAAGAUCCGCAAGCUCUCCACCUGCAAGCAGCAGUGAGCCUGGAGCGCUGCGCUCCUUGCAGGCCAGCCUGUGCCCCCAUCCUCGCCCCAUCUCGGCACCUCCCUGGAGCGGACGAUGCUUGCGAUCCAAAAAUCACAUGAGAAACCCUCCUUCCCUUCCCACCCUGUAUGGACGGCCCACGACGUUGCCACUGUGGGCAGCCCCUGCCUCCCAGUCUCCCUCCGCUGCCACAAGGAUGCCCCAGCCCCCAUCACUCUUUUUGCCAAUCAA